AUGGCGCUCAACUUGUUGUCGCUUGUCCCCAUCUUGGGGUAUGCCUUUGCCCUACCACAAUCCCAACCGCCGGCCUCGCCCAACAUCCAAAACCUGGCCAUGUGGGGCACUGGCUGCCCCCUUGGGGCCGCCGGUCUCAUGUCCAGGGUUCGCAAUGGAACUCCCAUCUUCAGCUUCUCAAAAUGGGGUCUCGUGCUGCCUAACGUGGAUGACCCUGAGAGCGAGACCACAGCGUCCAAGUUCUGCACCGAGGAGAUAACGCUGAACAAUGGACCCGUCGGCUUCCAGCUUCGCAUCGAGACGGUGACUGUCGGUGGAUGGGCCGAGCUAGAGGAGGGGAGUAAGCUGGUGGUUGAGGCCGAAACCAAGCUAGGCGACGUUGGACAAACAACCAGCGUCACCAGCGCAGACCUCAAGGGCAAUGACUUGGAGGUGUCUUUGGAUAUUCUACCCUUUGUCUACUCUGCCUGCGUUGACGAGAGUGGCACCGUGCCCAAGAUUGUUAUCAAGACCACCGUCAGUCUUGUCGGGAGAAGCGCGCUGAUGGGACAAUCUCCAAGGGAGUAG